UAAUAGUUAUCCUGUCCAGAUUUAAACCGAGUCAGCCGUGAGACAGUUCUAUUUCGAAAUCACUGCAACUCAAAGUCACUUAUAAUACGCUKGGAAAUUAUUUUUACCGUAAAUUUUGUGUAGUACGUGGGAAGGUGAAUCCCCAAAUGUUUGAAAGCAUUUCAAGGAGAAAGUGAGUGUACUGCCACGGCAUGGAUGAAAUAUGCAGUUAUUUUGGUGACCCACUUUUGGCAUAGUUCUGAAAUGACCACUUCUGGAUCAGUUGUACUAGAACGCUGAAGACUAUAAACUMUCAAAUAAAUCAUUUAACUUGCAAAGAAGACUUGAUCAACGAUUUCAAUUGUUUCACGAAAUUAUAACGGGUUUGCGCAGGCAGUAUCAUCAAAGUAGAAAUUCUAACACAUUCGGCACCUGCAGAAAGAAUCUCAAAAACGAUGACAAGAAUAUACUUAUCCGAUGUACUGGAAAAAUGUAUUUYUMUGYUGUCAGUUUUAGGAAUCAUUGCGAAUGUCUUCCUCUGCUUACUGGUGAUGAACUCAAGACAGCUUCGUACUUACGUCAAUGGCUUUUUAAUCUCUCUCGCAGUAUCUGACAUCCUAACGUUCACAACAUCGUUUGCGUAUAUGGGUUUUAAAUCUCAAGAACAGCAAACCAAGACAAAGUUUGAGCGAGCAUUAAUUAAAUAUUUAAUCUGUGUGACAACAGCUUCGGAGAUUGGGAACYUGUGUGCYGUGUCGUUUGAGCGCUACCUCGCUGUUGUAAARCCUCUUCACUACAAAACACGAGUUAAGAAGUAUUUUGUGUGGAUUGUGACAUCCGUUUGGRCUGUGUCAGUCAUCGGGAGUCUCAUGGUUUUUCUUCGUUUUACUGAUAUUAAUAAGUCUGCUUUUAAAAAAAUACUCCCUGGCAAUGAUGAUACAUCUUUGGCAAUUCUACUGUUUAUCAUUGGUUCAGUAGUCUCAUCUCUUGCRAAUCCUUUCAUUUAUUCAUUUGCUAAACAAGACUUUAGACAGCAAAUUCGCAUGAUAUACCGAAAAAUAAUGACUAAAUUKUCCUAGUUGCCUAUACAAGUGGGAUCGUCAUGAGUGCCAUCUUCUAACUGAGAAACACAGGCUGAAUUUGCCAAUCAGGUUUUACCUAUUCCUCGGAUAGAGAAUCAAUAAGUAAAAAAAACAACAAUAUUGAAAUAUGACUUUACUGUAAGUAGAAACCAGCGUAAGGCCCUGGCUAAACGAGGAAACAUGUUUCCCUA